CCAGGAGAGAGAGAGAAGCUCUUGCCCCUGGGAAGAGAAUAGUUGCUGUGGAUUGUGCAACCCUCGCCUCCCCCCAGGCGUGGCCACGUCGCGCGGGAGCGCGCCUCGUCUCAGCCCGGCCCGAUUCUAACCGAGAGAGAAAAGGAAGUGGCGCCACAGGGAGAAAAAAAAAAGGACGAGCAAACCUUUACCUCACACACACACACAAACCUCCAACCCUCACGCCAAAAUCACAACCUUGCCGCGAUGGCUGCCAUUCGCAAAAAACUCGUUAUAGUUGGUGAUGGUGCUUGUGGCAAGACAUGUCUACUCAUUGUCUUCAGUAAAGAUCAGUUCCCUGAGGUGUACGUUCCAACGGUUUUUGAAAAUUAUGUAGCAGAUAUUGAAGUGGAUGGAAAGCAGGUUGAACUGGCUCUUUGGGACACAGCAGGACAGGAAGAUUAUGAUCGACUUCGGCCUCUCUCCUAUCCAGAUACAGAUGUAAUUCUAAUGUGUUUUUCAAUCGAUAGUCCUGACAGUUUGGAAAAUAUUCCAGAGAAGUGGACUCCAGAAGUGAAACAUUUUUGCCCUAGUGUGCCCAUUAUCCUUGUUGGGAAUAAAAAGGAUUUGAGGAACGAUGAGCACACACGAAGGGAACUGGCAAAGAUGAAGCAGGAGCCUGUGAAACCCGAAGAAGGCAAAGAGAUAGUCACCAAGAUUUGUGCGUACGGCUACAUGGAAUGCUCGGCAAAAACUAAAGAUGGUGUGAGGGAAGUUUUCGAAAUGGCCACAAGGGCUGCCCUGCAAGCUAAGCGCCCGAGGCAUAAGGCGUUUUGUAGUGUUCUAUAAGGCACAAAUGCAAGACCAGUGCACCCUACCAUAUAUUUACAGUCACUUGAUUUAAAAAAACAACCUUGAAUUGGUGUUUGUUAAACCUAGUAAGAUAGUGUCUUGAUUAUUCCGGCCUCUCAUUUGAUCUAUAUACUGUCCCUGACAUCUCUGUUUGCUACCAAUAUUUAAAAGCCAGCAAAGGCUGUUUUUUAUUUCUAGUUCAGUGGUGUACUGAUGUGUAGUUAUGGUCAUUUUUACAGUAUGCAUGUAUCCAUCUAAACUUUGGUUAAAUAUUACUGUAGCUUUUUUUAAAAACCUAUCCACUUUACAUGGUCAGUAGGUGCAGCCUUACUGGUAGGAAAACGCACUCUUGUCAGCUUGUAUUUCUUGACAUAGAACCAAACUAAGAAAUUAGUUUGCCAUCACUGUUUAUAGAUGUAGCUUGAUUCGACUUUUGUAUAAUUGGAUUUCUUAAUGCUAAUACUGUAGCCUAAACUGAAAAUUUUAAAUGUAUUGGGGGGGGGGGGGGGGGGGGGGGGGUUAGUGCAAAAUAAUGGACGUUUGAAUUCCUUUGUGUAAAAUCUUGGUGACUUCUGAAAAGUGAUAAUUGAUGUAAACCAAGUCAAGCUUAUGUACAAUGUGGAAAUUUUAAUGCGGGGGGGGGGGGGGGGGGGGGAGAGGUUGGAGGUUGAGGGACAGGAAUUCUGUCUCUGUUCCAGGCCACAGCUGUGUCCUUGCAGAUUAAAUAGAGGUCCUGCUCCGCUUGCGAAACAAAGCUCGGCAGUCCUUCAAUAAAAAAAUGCGCGUGGCCAUUGGCACCAUGCACUCAAGGCCUUCUAUUUAUCAUAUGUUGGUAUAUGUAAUGCCUGCCUUUUUAUGUUUUUGUUUUACAUUGAAGAUGUAUUUGAGGUUCCGAAUGUACCUCACUUGCAGUUCCUUAUGUUUUUUUUGGCUGUGUCCGUAAAUAGCUACCAGCAAUACUAAUAGCAAAAUAAAAGCCAGUUGUUUUUUUUUAAAUACAGCUGUUCGGGCCUAUUCUUUACACUUCUUUUAAGUGUGGAUAUGUUCUAAUAAAGUUCCACUAUGUCAAUUUC